AAACUUGUCUAUAUUUUUUCAUUCUUCUUACUUAAAAAAUCAAUAAUAAUUUAGUAUAAUUUACAAUCUUGACUUUUUAACAAUGACAAAUGGGACAUUGGAAUUUGAAGCUUUUGUAUUAGAAUAAUACGGAAGUUUGGGAUAUACAUUUGAAGCUUUUUGUAUUAUGCAAAAGAAGGAAGAAGUUUGAAGGUAACUUUAAAGUUUAUUAUUGUACACAAAUAGGAAUUGCUGCAAUUUGGAUUUCUACGAAAACGAAAUUAUCAAAAAGUGCUCAAUUCUAUAGUAGCUACUUCUAACCUUCAUAAUUCUAAAAGCAACACACAUACCAACUUAAAGAAUUAUUACAAUCACAAAUGCAGGUCAUUUACAUUUAAAUCUACUAUGAAAAGUUUUGAAUUAUAUGACUAAAACUGAAGACUGAAAAAAAUAUUUUAAACAGAAAGAAAUAUCAACAUAAAUCAAAUGGGAAGUUAUAUAUUUUUAGGGAAAUGGAUAUUUAAUCAUACAAAGAAUGGAAAUUGUAUACAAAGAGUGAUAUUUUCAAAUGAGAAAGGUUAUUGACAGCUGCUGCUGUACUUACCGUAAGUCUAUGAAUUAAAAAAGUGAUCCUGGAGACAGGUGAUUUGUCAACAAAGGUUUAUCACCACUGUGAAUGGUCAAACAAAAAUAAAAGAUAAAAAAAGAAAAUGUAGUCGGAAUUGAUCGAGAGUGGGGUGACAGUGUUUGAAAUCAAAAGGUGUCUUUGAAUAAAGAUUGCAUGAAAUAAACUUUAGUUUUCCAUAAAAUUUAUCAACAAAUAGUUUACUUUACAUCAUCAUUGAUUAAGUGAAACAACAAACAUUAAAAGGUAUGUCUCAUAAGGGGGAAAAUUUUGCAGCCUUUACUGUUCUCUUACUGGUCGCAAUAAAUGUUGCGGGUCUAGGCAUACCCGUGUGGUAUAACAAGGAACACAGGCAUAGUGUGAACGCGACUGUUGAAAAACCCAACUGUGUUGUACAUGUGAAUGUUCGGGAAGGCUUGUGGCAAAGAUACUGUAUAGAAAGCAGGGUAGAGAACUGUGAAUUGGAUGUUCAAGAAUGGUGUGACAAUCUAGAUUUUCCAGUGUACAAUGAUUUUGUCAUAGCAACAGAAAUAUGUGGUGAUUUGAUUCUAUUGUUUGUGUUUGGAACAAUUAUUCGUAGCAAAUGUCGGAAAAAAUCAUUCCAUCUAGAGAUGGUGGGGGCAGAGGCUGGUCUUGGAGGUCUGUUAAUGAUGGUUGGUGUUCUAGUGUACGCAGCAGCCGACAGUGAGAUAGGUUACCAGGCAACGGACCUCCAUAUUGGUUGGGCAUUAUGUUUGUCAGCAGGGGGCAUAGCAUUCUUAUUGUGUAUAUUUUGUAUAUGUAGGCACGUUAAAUCAAUACCCACAAUGCCUGAAGGUUAUUUUCCUAUAGACGAUGAAGAUGACGAAGAUGAAUUAAUGUUAAUGGAUGUGUGACAGACAAAAGUGUGACAUAAUGUCACAGAAAAUAUGUAACAGACAACCAUGUGACAUUAUGUCACAGUAAAUAUGUGACAGACAACCAUGUGACAUUAUGUCACAGUAAAUAUGUGACAGACAACCAUGUGACAUUAUGUCACAGAA